CCAAAGCGGUUUUUAGGUCCGGGUGGAGGGUCACAGCAGUCGCUCCCACACGUGUUAACACUCGGAAACCUCGAUCUGAAAGAAAGGAUCAUAUUCAUUCAUGAAGUUAUCUGUAACUCUUAUUGAAACUGCACAGGCUUUAGACGCAAUUUCGACUACUGAACUAACUUCAAACCGGGAGAGGAAAUAAAUUAAUGGACCCGAGGGUACCGCACAAACUGGAAGUUGUAGAGCCUUCACUGCUUGCUUUCUUAACUAUUCAGAUAAACAGUCGGGAGAGUUGAAACAUAUGAACGUCUCCUUUUAGCUGAAAACAUGAAGUAGUAAGCCUAUCUGUCGUUAAAGUGGGACUUUAGGAAAGCGCUGGAUAUUUAGUGUUCUCCCAUGAAACAGGGACAUUCAGCCACUUUCAGUUUGCGGUGGUUUAACGCACAGCAGUUGAGUGAAAACUUUAUACUCCAUGAGUAUAUUGAGGAGACUAGUUUAAUAUGAGCGAAAAACAAGCGUUAGGAGAUACUAAACUAAACCAGGAUAAAACUAAGGCUGACUUAGAAAACCAUGUCAAGCUGGACGAUCAGAGUCAGCUGGACGGUCCUGAAGCGCUGCGACCAACCCGUCUCUACAAGCGGCGCUGGAUGAUUGUCCUCCUGUUCAGCUCAUAUUCACUGUGCAACUCCUUCCAGUGGAUACAGUACGGCAUCAUCAACAACAUUUUCAUGAAGUUUUACAACGUGGACGCCUUCACCAUAGACUGGAUGUCUAUGAUCUACAUGCUGACAUACAUUCCCUUCAUCUUCCCGGUGACCUGGUUGCUGGACAAAAAGGGGCUCCGGGUCAUCGCGCUGGUGGCCACUGGGCUCAACUGUGCAGGGACAUGGGUCAAAGUGGCCAGCGUCAGACCCAACCUGUUCGCCGUCACCUUUCUGGGACAGUUCUGCUGCUCGUUCGCGCAGGUGUUCAUCCUCGGAAUGCCCUCGAGAAUCGCGUCAGUGUGGUUUGGUUCAGAAGAAGUGUCCACCGCCUGCUCCAUCGGAGUCUUCGGCAAUCAGCUUGGUAUUGCAAUUGGGUUCCUUGUGCCUCCCAUCCUGGUGCCUAAUGUGGACGACUUGGAUGAGCUGGCUCACCACAUCAGCAUUAUGUUCUACAUCACAGCAGGAGUGGCUACCUUGCUCUUCAUCCUUGUUGUCUUUGUCUUCCAGGAGCGUCCUAAACUUCCUCCGACUCAGGCCCAGGCCACAGCUCGUAGCAUCCCACCAGAGCAGUACUCCUACACUGCCUCCAUCCUCAGGCUGCUCUGCAACAGGCCCUUCAUCCUCCUCAUCAUCACUUAUGGUUUGAACGUGGGUUGUUUCUAUGCUGUUGGCACCCUGCUGAACCGCAUGAUCAUCGAGCAUUACCCUGGAGAAGAGGUGAAUGCUGGGAGGAUUGGCCUCACCAUUGUCAUUGCAGGGAUGGUCGGCUCCCUGAUCUGUGGCGUUUGGUUGGACAAAACUAAAACCUACAAGCAGACAACCCUCGCAGUGUACUUCAUGUCUCUGGUGGGGAUGAUAGUCUAUGCUGCUACACUCAAUCUGGGACGACUCUGGGUGGUUUUCAUCACCGCUGGAGCUCUUGGGUUCUUCAUGACUGGCUACCUUCCGCUGGGCUUUGAGUUUGCAGUUGAGCUGACGUACCCAGAGUCAGAGGGGACCUCAUCCGGACUCCUCAACUGUUCAGCACAGGUGUUUGGCAUUAUAUUCACCAUCUGCCAGGGGAAGAUCAUCGACAGCCUCGGCACACUGGCAGGAAACAUCUUCCUGUGUGUCUUUCUUCUAAUCGGCACAAUAAUGACAGGUUUAAUCAAGUCCGAUUUGCGGAGACAAAAUGCAAACCUGUUGGCCAAAGCAGCAGGACCUUCCGACUGCCACAAUGGGAGCCUUGCUGUACCAUCUAUCGUCAAAGAAGCCAAGUUUUAGACGCACACACAAUUAACAUGAAAGCUUGUAGAAAUUACCCUGAAAUCUCCUUCCUGUUACAGUGUAACGUCCUGAAAUAGAACAACACAAUCAGGAAGUCUUUAGACCCACUUCCCUUCUAAGAAGAGUUAGAUGUACAGUGUUGUAUUAACUAUUUAUAAAAUAAAAUUGCUGAAAUGCUGAGUUCAAUCUGAUAUUUAAUGCACAAUUUUGAGCAUAACAAUUCACUGUUCAGAAAUAUUUUUUUGUAUUUAAGUUUAAAUUAAAUGCUCUCCCUAAAUCUGCAAGGCAAAUUUGUGAAAUGUUUGUUUGUGCCUCGACAGUUUUACCUGUCAGUAUUUUAAAAGUGUAUAGUUCAUAAUGUACAGUAUAAAUAGGUACAUUUGCCAUAAUUGAUUUACACUAAUUUUGUCAUUGCAUAAAGUUAACCAUGUAAACACAGUAUCCACAUUUUUACCAGUGAUCUUUGAGAUUAAAAUAAUCUAUUCAGCAGCAUAUCAAAAGGUUUCUAAUCCAUGGCAGUCCACAGUAAGGGAUAAAAUACUGAUGACACACAGUUGUGUAAUAUUAUUUGUAACACUUCAUGUUUACUUAUUUAACAUGAAAUAAAACUGUUUUAUGAAGUUUU